AUGGCAGAUCAUGUCGUCGCUCUGGAUGUGAGCGGCCAUAUCAUGCAUCAGGGGUCAUUCGCCCAACUUCAAUCCGAUACAGAUUAUCCGCAUGGGCUAGCAGUCGAGCAGAACGGCGCGAUUGACACGCAGGACGCAGCUGACGCAUCGGUGCAGCAUCGCCACGAGACUGUUCCUCGGGGCCGAUAUGAACAAGAUGCUGAACAGGACAGCGACGACUCUGAAUCGCCCGGACGAGUCCUCGGCGAGUUUGCCACAUAUGCGUAUUACUUUGGCUCCGUCCCUGUAUGGCACACCAUACUGCUCGCUGUCCUCACCAUUCUGUACGCGGGAAGUUAUCGGAUGACGGCACUCGUACUCAGCUUCUGGACAGACACUACAGAAGGAUGCGGCCAAGCCACCAAUGACUACUGCCUCGGUCUCCUCGCAAAGCUCACUGGUCUUGCCGUCUUGGGCAUCACAGGGGCUGCAUAUCUCUUCCUGGUCGUCAUGGUGGCUUCGAGCUCCGAGGUUCUCCACGCCCGGCUUCUCCAUUCCGUCAUGAAUACCCCAGUGGCCUUAUUCUCGCGCAUCGACGUCGGAGUCACCACGAAUCGCUUCAGCCAGGACAUGUCGGCUGUCGACACCGAGCUGCCCUUCGCCCUCAUCAUCAUGUCGGUCAUCCUGAUCGCCCCCAAGCCCCAAUUGCUGCACCAGCUCAAGAGGGACGAUGUCGUAGAUCGGCUGGGUGGUCUAGACAGCCCGCUAGACGCCGACCGGCUCUCGCAGGGCCAGCGCCAGCUCCUGUGCAUCGCCCGGGCUAUGCUGGUCGGCAAACAGAUCGUCCUAAUCGACGAAGCGAGUAGCAACGUCGAUGAGCGGUCCGAGCGGCUCAUCCGGGAUAUGAUGCGCGUUAUUGCUGUUGCGCAUCGCCUUGGUGCCGUCGUCGACUUUGAUCGUGUUGCUGUUAUGGGGGGUGGUCGGCUCCUAGAAUGGGAUUGUCCUCCCGCUCUUGUGAAGCGAGAUAGCGAGUUUAAGGGGUUUUGGGAUCUUGGGGCGGGCUAG